AUUAACGGUAGCGUAACGGGCGGAUGUUCGGAUUUUUUUUGUCGUAUCAAAGUAUCGAACAUCGUAAAAAAACAAACAACUAAAUAAAUAGAAACAAUAAAACGAAUAAUAAAUAAUAUUAAUUACAUUGCUAGUGUGUAAUUAAAUAUUUUUUUUUUGUUAAGUGAAGUGCAAACCCUUGGCCAAGAGUCUUGUCUGUCAAAGAAUGUAAAUAUCGAAAAGUAAUAACCGAGUGCUUCUUUUUUUUACUGCGGGACAGUGAAUCAACAACAAAACGCGCAAUACCUUAAACGAAAGCUGUUUAGAUUUCCGACUUCCAGCUUCAUAGGCAAAAAAAAAGUAUCGUCUUUGCUAUUCCGUGCAUUUAUUUAACGACAAAUUGUUUACUUUUUUAAUGCAAUAUCUCCGGUUACAAGCAAAAACAACAAGUCGUAUACGUGCGUGUGUGUGUGCCAGCUUGUGUAUGUGAAACUAUGAGUAUUUUCGUUGUAUCCAACGUUGCAAACCCACAACGACGACGUUGCCUGUGGUGACAUUCAACAAAUACACAAGAAAUUAAACAAAAAGGUUGGGGGGAAAUAGUCGUAGUAAACACCAAACAGCUACAACAAUAACAAAAAAACCACAGCAACUAUUGCUAUUGCCGGGUAAUGUAGACGGCCAUAAAAGCAACUCACUCUACUCUCAACUCAACGAGUGACAGAGAGAGAGCAAAGUGAUAAGGGGGAGCAAACGAAAAGCAUUGUGAAUUUAUAAUAAAAGUUUAAACAAAUGAAUGCACAUACACCUAAACGUAUGUACCUUAUACAAACAAACAUCUGUAUGUGGAAACCACAAAACAACAAUAAUAAGUGAAGUGUAUUUGCGGCAACAAAAUAUGAAAUGAAAGAUCUGAAAUUAAUGAAGUGAAAAUAUUGUGCAAAACAAACAAAAGUUCCCAUAGGCCAUACAUAAAAAAGGCCGCGACAAAAACCCUAAUAGCAGCAGCAGAAAAACAACAACAACAAACUACUACUGCUAAUAAUCGUAAAAAUUUUUGUGUUGAUAUUUACCUAUGCAAGGGGAAAAAAUUAAUUAAUUGACAAUAGUUGAUCAACAAGUACGAGUGCGCAAAUGUCAGCUACACAAAGAGAGCAAGAGAUGGCAUGAGCAUUUCGUGUGUGUGUGAGUGCAACUCCAAGAGAACGAACCACCAUCGUUUUCAUACAGGAGUGUGUGUGCGUGUGUGCGAAACAAAAGAACCUCGAAUGCAAAAAAUAAAAGGAAGAGUGAACAACGAAAAACAACAAAGGUGCAACUCAUAAAAACGCAAAAACAACAACAAAAUCAAACCUUUCGGGUGCAAUGGAAUUCCAAGUGGAACAACAAAGCAAAAUCAACAGCAUUAACAUCAGCAUCGAAGGCUGCCGUCGUUGCAGCAGCAGUGCAAUAAAAUCCUAAAAUAGAAAGAAAAAACAUAAAUCGAUAAGUUGAGAACAAAACGAUUCGAAUCAAUCAGAAAGAAAAUCGUGAUCGUUGGUUAUUCUGAUAAGCUUUCUUCAAAAUCGUGAAAGAAUAGAAUUGCAAAGCGCCAAACAACUUCUCAACCAAUAUGAGUUAAUUUGCCAGUGUGUAACACAGUGAAAAAUCCAAAAACCCCGCUUGCUCUUCUUUUUCGUUUAAUAUAUUUUUCCUUUGAUUUCGAUUAUUUAUUUCGUUGGUCUUCUCCAGCAUUGUGACAAGUGUAUGAUCUAUUAUGCGUAUUCAAUGAUACAAAGUGCUAUUAUCUUGCCCAACGCCUUUCUUAACUUCUCUCUACUUCUUCUUCUUCUCCAUCAUAUUCUUUGCUUGGCUUGAUUGCUAUUGUGCAACGUGCAACGUUCUAUUGUCAUCAAAACUCCUUAAAAACAACAACAAAAUAAUUGAAAAUUAUGAAGAAUAAUCAAACAAAAAGCUCCAAUAAUAACAACAACAACAAUUUGCUUGACCUUCACAUAAACUCUAACAAUAAUAACAACAACAACCACAGCAGCGGAGGCGGCUUUAAAUUAUCGAAAUCUGCUUCAUCACCCAACCACCUUAUAUCUCCCCCACUACUGUCUACCAAGAAGGGAGGUCUUAAAUCCAAGUCUAAAUCCCAUCGUUUAGUCGGACGCUCUUCCAGCAACGGCAAUAACAACAACAACAAUAAUAAUAGCAACAAAAAUAACAAUCGUGGUGGCAAAAUGGGCGGGGGCACCAAGGAUGCCCGUCGCGGUCUAGAACCGCUAGAGUUCGAAGAAUGCAUUGUGGAUAGUCCCGAGUUUCGCGAUAAUCUUAACCGUCAUGAGAAGGAGCUGGAUCAUACUAGUCAUCAAAUCAAACGUAUCAUUAAGGAGGUCAAGGAUUUAAUGAGUGCUGCAAAAGUGUUGUCAAAUCGCAUGAAACAGCUGGCGUCUUCAUUAAAGGAUUUCAACUUUGAAUGCAUAGGCACAGCCCAGACAGACGAUGAGCUCGUCAUAUGCGAAAGUCUAGAGCAUUUUGGGGAAAUUAUCAGCUUAAUAGAGGAUGAACGGGAGAAAAUGCUUACCUUAGCCGAUACACAAAUUAUUGAGCCUCUGGAGGAUUUUCGAAAGAAACAAAUCGGUGGCGUCAAGGACAACAAGAAGAAGUUCGACAAGAAAACAGAAAAAUUCUGUCAAUCACAAGAACGCUUCCUCAACAUGUCAACGAAAAAGCCCGAAAAUUCAAUACAGGAGGCGGAUGCCAGUUUGGGCAUGCAUGAACGUGAAUAUGUCCAAGAAUCACUGAGCUAUGUCCUGCGCAUACAAGAAGUCCAGGAACGUAUAAAAUUUGAAUUUGUCGAAAUCCUGUUGGCCUUCAUUUCCAGUUGGUUAGUCUUCUAUCAUACAGCACAUGAAUCGGCGGAAGAUAACAGGGACUACCUGCAAGAUUUAAGGCAUAAAGUUCAGAAGACUCGCGAAAAUUUUAUAGGAACGCGAGAAAAAGUCACAGAACUUAAAUUAAAAUACAUGGAGAAGAGAACAAAGCCGGAGGAGAAAUUCACCAAACGCGGAUACCUAUUUUUGAUGGAAAAGAGUUCUCUUUUGAAAAUCUCUCUUUUAGAACCAUUCAAGGCAACAUGGACGAAAUACUACUGCACCUACAAAAAGCAAAAGAAGGAGUUCACCAUGCUCCAGUUCAAUCAGAUGAACCACAGUUUCGCUAGACCCGAGCAGCGAGAAGAAGAGAAACUAACACUAGUGUCGUGCCAAAGAAGAGCAUCGGAAUUUGAGAAGAGAUUCUGUUUCGAUUUGACAUUCAAGGAGAAACCGGGAAGCGUGUAUACAUUCCAAGCUUUAAGUGAAGAGGAUCGCAGAGCGUGGAUAAACGCCAUGGAUGGAACAGAGCCGACGUACUUAGCCCCAGGCAAAAUCAAAGCUGGCGAAGAAUAUCAAUUGGAUGAGACUGGCUUUGCCUUUGUGCGCAAAUGCAUUGAGGUUUUGGAGAAUCGCGGCCUCGAGGAUGAAGGCAUUUAUCGUAAAAGUGGUGUGGGCACUAAAAUUUCCAAACUUUUAUCCCUGGGCAUGGACCGCAAAAAAGCCGAUUCGGUUUUCACCGACGAACAGUAUCGUGAUCUCAUGGAGAGCAAUACCAUAGCCAGUGCUCUGAAAACGUAUUUGCGCAAUCUUAAUGAACCUCUGAUGACGUAUCGUUAUCACAGUGGUUUCAUUGAAGCAGCCAAACAAGAAAGUCUUAAUCAGCGUGUGCAUGAAGUGCACAAGUUGGUGUAUAAAUUGCCACAGCCAAAUUUUGAAAUGCUUGACAUGGUCAUACGACAUUUGACCGAAGUCUCUCGCAAAUUCGAGAAAAAUAAAAUGUCUGUCUUCAAUUUGGGUGUUGUCUUUGGUCCUACUCUGCUACGUCCCCAAGAGGAAACAGUGGCUGCCAUAUUGGAUAUUAAAUUCAACAAUAUUGUCAUCAAUAUUCUCAUUGAUAACUAUGAACGCAUUUUCAAGAAUGAUCCCAGUACAGUGAGUACGCACCUGCAAAAUAAUUCCAGUAGUCCACCGGUUCGUGUGCCGCGUGCCAGUCAAUCCAAACAGUCCCUAUUGGCGGGAGGCGGUGGUGGUUCGGUGGGGCGAAAUUCCAUGUAUUCGCCGCAGCAACAAGUCUAUAGGGUGGUGACCAAAUCGAAUUACACCGAUUCACCCAUGUCUUCGAGUUUACAAAACAUUCCAAAUGGCAUGAUCUACGGCACCACCGGCAGCGGUGGUAGUGUGGGAAGUUCUGGUGUCAUUACGUCAAAUGGUACCGGCGGUGGACAUUUGUCAACGCAUACAACCAACGGAGGCAGUAGUGGUCCCAAAAGUCUUGGCAUGAGUGUCAAUAUGGGCAGUGUGAAGAAUCUGCAUUCAAUGUCGCAGAGCGAUAUAAGCAUGCGCCGCAACAACGCCAAUGAUCCAGUGUAUGGCAUUUUGAGUUCGACCACAAAUGGUGGCCUGACGGCUCACCAUGCCACGCCCGCGAACGCCACAAAUCUAAGGCAUGACUAUCUGAUGGCCACUGCCACACCAGCCUCGACAUCCAUAUAUAGUACGAAUUCUGCGGGAAAUCGUAUCAGCGCAAACAAUGUCUCACCACCCACUCUGGCCAUGCGCAAGGAAGCUUUAUAUGGCGGUGCUCCCAGUGGAGGCGGCGGCGGUGGUGUUGGCUCUGGCAAUGGGCCCCAACAACAUCCACCUGUACAGCUGCAGCGCAGCAAUCAUCUGCCAUAUGCCCAAAACAAACACUAUUCUUCAGCCGCCGCUGCCUCUACAUCGAGUUCCAACGAAAGUGUUUGUGAUUCUCUGUCAUCAACGAAUGGUGGAGGAGGCGGCACCAAUUCCAGUCGUUUCCUAUCCGCCCGCGGUUCCAUAGACUAUGUGCCACAUUCCUCACAAGCCACAUCAUUGUCUACGCUGCUGGUGGACGAUGUAGUCACGGCCACGGCUGCUCCUUCUAUGAUAGUGGGCAGCUCCGGCAGUUCACCAAAUGAAUAUACGCCGCAAAAGAUGCAUCGCAAUAAGGAUGUAAAUCAAAUAAAACGAGAUCUGGAUGCGGGUACAGCGAGGGUGCGAACGUUAUAUGCGUGCUUGGGUGAAAGUGAGGGUGAACUAUCGUUUGAACCAAACCAAAUUAUAACAAAUGUUGGCUUUUCACACGAACCUGGCUGGUUGCAGGGUACCCUAAAUGGUAAAACUGGACUUAUACCAGAAAACUAUGUUGAACACUUGAAACCAUACCAUUAGUCAUGUAAGUCAGUCUAAUCAUCAAUUAUAAAUUAAAAACAAAACGCGCUUAGUAAUAAAUUGAAUUAUUUAUAAACAAAAAAAAAAAAAAAAACUAAAGAAAAUACACAACAAACACCCCCUCCCCACAAGAAAAACAAGAACAACUGAAUUAGGAGGUGGUCCAUUAAAAAUUGAACCCUAAAAAAAACAAAACAAUGAAUUAUUAGAAUUUUUUUUAGAAGAAGCUAAAACUAAAAAUGAACAUAGAAAACUCCAAACUCCAAAAUAACAACAAUAAUUAAACAAAAAACAACAAAUGUGAUGUUUUGCAAAAACUGAAUUAGAAGAAAAAACAGAAAAAAAGAAAAUGUCCCUUUUAAAAAUUUACAAUUUCCAAAAAAAAGAGUUCUAUUAGCGGAAGAUAUAACAAAAAAAAAAUACAUAGAGAAAAAUUGAUAAAACGAAAAGAAAAAAAAAAUAAUCCUAGCACAAAAUCCAAUCCUCUAACGAAUACUAGAGAAAGGCUGCUAAGCCUUUCUGCCGGAUUGAGAGACUAAAAACAAAUACCAGUUUACUUUAGAAUAACUUACAAACGCAAAAGGCCAUUUUCAACUAGAAACCACCAUAAGGCAAUAGAGAGAGUUUUUAUUUUUCCCAACUUUCCGUUUUUGAUACAAUUUUGAAAAGUAAAAUCCUAACCUCCCCUCAACUAAAAAAGAAGACAUUUGCUUACGCACACAUUUAUGUGGAAUAUGUAUGUAAAGUUUAUGUAAUAUACUAUACCUAUACUCUAAAUAUAAUAUUUAUUUAUGUGAAAUGUAUAUUUAUUUUUAAUUCCACUCUGAACUUGUUGUUUUAAUUUAACUGUGAGAAGAAGACCCCUUCCCCCUCCGCCCCCAUACUUUCCAUUUAUGCUUAAACCCAAGCAAGGAUUAUAAUACCACUUCUCAGCUAUUGUAUUUAUGUAUGUGUCUGUAUAUGUAUAUCGAAAAUCUUUGAGAAAAAUCCAGCCAGCUUAAUGACUAAUUGUUGUUGUAUACUCCUCCCUUAGAGUUGUAUUAUUUAUAAUCCAUAGGCAGGCUUACAAAUGAUUGAAAGAAGGCUUAGUUUUUUCCUAAGCCUAACAACAAAACCUAAUAUUUUUGCCAACUAUACACAUAGUACGUACAUAUAUACAUUUGUAAUCAAGUUUAAUGCCUCACCUCUUUCAUUUUUCAAACAUCUAACCACCUUAAAUGAGCAUCUUUCUCGAAAGGUACUCAUCUAGCGCUUGUAUCCUUCUUGAACCAUUAACUCUUUCCAAAGUAUCCUUGAUUUUGUUAUUGGCUGUUCCAUUAUAAAAAGAAAACUUCUUUUGUUAAAUGUCUCCUAGCUUAGCAAGUACUUUAGAAAAAGAAAAAUUAAAAAAAAAAAAUCCUUGAAACGCUUACUUUGUACAUAUAUACAUUUAUAUAUAUACAUAUAUAAAUAAAAUCUAUAUCUAUACUUACUUUAUAACAAAUUGUUUGUGAAAAAACAAUUAUAUAUACAUUUAUAUACAUAUACUAUUCUAUAUAUAUAAAUAUUAUUUUUUAUAUAUAUUUCUAAUUUAGUUAAGAAUUUUAUGUUUAAUUUUAGUGAAUGUAAAUGUUGAAUGAAUAAACACAGAAGAAAACAAGAGAAAUAUAAACAAAAACAUCAGUUUUUAGAACAAAAACCAAACGUCAAGCAAAAAUGUCUGCGUACAUACAGAAUAUAUAUUUUUAUACGUUCGAUUGCAUUUUUUUAAAAAGAGAAGAAACAAAAAAAGAGUUCUAUUUGAGAAAAUAUGUUUUUUUUUUUGGGAUAUAAUGCAAGCAAAUGAUUUUUGAUUAGAUUAAAAAUCUAAAAAUGGUAUGCAAUUAAGAUGGGAAAAAUGAAAACCAACCAGUCCCUCUUUUAAAGUAAAAAUUCCAUAAACAAUCAGGGUUGAUGACUGCAAAUUUGGAGAAGAAUCGUUAAAUAACGAGCAUUUAUUAAAAUUUCACAUUUUAUUUUUUUUUUUUUUUUUAUUUUUUUCGAGUUGUGUAUACAGCACUGAAGCUUGUGGCAACAAAUGCGGUUUAGCGCAACUCCUUUGUUAUUUCUUCAAUUAUUAAGCUCAAAAUCGCAUAACUGAUAUCCAAAGAAUUCAAAAAAAAAAUUCAAAGUCGUUUUCAAGGUCGAAAACGCCGCAACUCCUUAAUUUUUUAGAAUUUCGAAAAUUUUAAAGCAUUUCGCAGUUCGAAAUUCAGAGAAGAAUCGUUAAACAAGGAGCAUUUCUUAAAAUUUCACAGAGGUUAGCAUAUCCGCCUAUGACGCUGAACGCUUGUGUUCGAAUCCUGGCGAGACCAUCAGAAAAAAAUUUUUCAGCGGUGGUUUUCCCCUCCUAAUGCUGGCAACAUUUGUGAGGUACUAUGCCAUGUAAAACUUCUCUCCUAAGAGUAUUCGCACUGCGACAUGCCGUUCGAACUCGGCUAUAAAAAGGAGGCCCCUUACCAUUGAGCUUAAACUUUAAUCGUACGGCACUCAUUGAUAUGUUAGAAGUUUGCUCCUGUUCCUUAGUGGAAUGUUUAUGGGCAAAAUUUGCAUUUGCAUUUGUAUCUCCCGUUUUAAAUGUUUGAGCCAAUAAAUGGGGGUUUGCCCAUUUUCGCCGUUACAGUGAGUUGCAGGGACCCCUCAUCACAUGAGUGAGGACCAGAUCUGACCAUAUUUGAUGCAUCUGCCACAUAGCCCUGUUUUCCGAUUGAACACACAAAAGCAGUAUUUCUCACCCAGAGUUUACGAAAUUUGGGAGUAGAUCCCUUAACACUUGUACAGUUACAGUCAAUGUCAGAAUUUAUGACCAUGUUCCCGAAAUUUAAAGCAACGAGUCCUUGUCCUUGUAACAGUAUUUGGCCCAUCAACUUCUAUAGUUUUAUUCUGAAUACUUAACGAAUGCAAUGAAACAACAAGAAGUGAAUUAAUUUUGAGUUUUCCCCGUCGAUUAUUUCGGUAAUUAACCUUGUAAUACCAAAUGCCAAACGCUAAAUUGUACAUCUUUCAAUUGAAAAUCUCGGUUAAUUGAAAAAAUUUACUUGUACAUAUUGACUUUAAGGUCUUUAUAACAUAUUGCACUACGCUUAAUGGAAAACCCAGUAAAUUGAAAAAUCGCUUAAUUGAAAUACAAAUUUAAGCUAAAAAAAGUCAUAAUUCAAAGAUAUCAAAUCCCCUUAAUUGAAAAUUUGGUCAAAGUUACGAUUUAACUAAUUUCUAACUUGCUUCAUAGCUUCAAUUAAUUCCUCAUAGUUUUUAUGCUUCCAGAUCUUUUAAUACAAAGCAUUUAACAUACUAAAGUUCUGCUAAUGGAAAACAUUCUUCAUUCUAUACACUUCGGUUAAUUGACAUGUCUUUGAAAAAAAAUUCUAGUAUUUUGCUGUUUUCAAUUAAGCGGAUUAGACUGUAAAGUGGCCUAGUGGGAAUCGGGAAGAACAACACUUUGAUAAAUCUCAAUUUAGGACAAAUCUUUUUAGCAGUUUCAAUAUAGACACUCCACUCGGUGAUCAACAAUCUUUCUACCGCAAGACAUUCAUUCCUAUGUAUUGGAAUGGCUCGAUCGAACCCUUUAUCGCUCAAGGGCUGUAUCCUCUAAGUUUCGUUUUGUCACACAUCUCCACUGUGUUUUACUAAGUUUUGUAGAAGCAUCUAUAGAGGUAAAAUUCAAUGUCAUUGUCAAUGUCAUUAUUGAAAAAUGCGAGUGUUACAAACAGACAAGCCCAUAUCACAAAGGAUUACUCGGAAUAAGCUGUCUUAAGCUUUUACGAAAGUGCAGAAUAACUAGAGCUUAAAUGGUUGGAAGUGAUUUGAAGAAAGAGUUGUUCAACUUCUUGUGUAUAUUCUCUGUUCUACAUUUGGAUAGAAGGCGUUUGGCCGAUUGUAUCUCUUUUAGUCUUCCCAGAAAUCUGUAAUUCUCUUAAGUCGGCAACGAUGUUAGUUACUAAUAUUACUGUGACUAUUUGGACGCUUAUAAUGUGCCUAAAACAACAACAACCCCCAUCAUAAGUUUAGUUUCCAGAUAAUUUAUACGAUACUACCAGACUUCUUUUCUUUAGUCCCGAAUGAUGAAGUUGCCGCUGCAACCUAUCUAGGACUCCUAAUCACAGUCUGCUCAUUCUUCGAUCCCUAUUCGAUUAUUAGCCAAGGAGGUGUGCAUUGUUCGUACAUUGCUUACUCUGAUUCUUGAUUGGUUUCAUUUAUAUGAAGAAGACAACCUUUAUACGAAUUGUACAGGGAAUUGCCCUACGCCUUUUCUGAUAUUGGUGCUGCCUGCACAUUGUGUCACCACAUGGCUACUUUCCACCCAUUUUUCGAUUUGUUUCGAUAGCGUUUGUCAAGUUUAAUAAAUCACAUUAAUGUUGUUGUAGCCACAUUUCCUGUGGAUUUGGCGAUCCUCGUCGAACUCCUGUAUGUGAGCAAGCUCGUUCUGGUUCAAAGGACCCAUCGCCGCGGGAACAAGGUGGUUAUUGGUUAUUUAAAGUCGCCAAUUACUUGAUUUGUCAUAUCGAUCAUCAUAGGCACUCAAUAUUUGUGCAAGAGCCGGUGCCACCCGGCCUCUCACUGAGACCCUCCGCUCGACACCGUUGAUUGUCCGCGACUGCCGUUGCAUUUACGUAUGGACUAUUCGCAACCUGUAGCUCACAUCUAAGCUUCUCGUGACAGCAAUGAACACUAUACAGAUGGGACCUCAAUGUUCCAGCCUGUGUGGUGCUCACAGUUUUCCCGUGUCUGGAAAUCACAUUAAUGGUUAAGCUGUUGUGGUAUUAUUGGUUGCAUUCAUUAACUCCAUUAUUGGUAGAGAUCUACAACCCAUGGGUUUCUUACGAAAAGUCUUAGAUUCGUUUUAAUCAUGUAAAGUAUACGAUGUCUCAAAAAGUUGCACAGGGAUACUACAGGCUCAUAGGCUUCUCACUGAGAAUCUUCACUCUAUGCCGCUGAUUGUCUGCGACUGUAGUUGCAGCUACUCCGAAUGGAGCACUCCACUAUCCACAAUCUGUGGACGUGCCUGCAAAGUUUCUCGUAAUAAAGAAUAACACACAUAAGUUACGACCUGCGUGAUGCUCAUAGUUAUCCUGUGCCGUGAUAAUCUCUCCCUAAUUUAUCUAAGCCAUUCGAAGUAGUUGGACCAUGCAGUAGACAACGUCUUAUUCUUCGCCGUAGCUUUAAUAGGGUACAGUAUACUACCGGACCGUUUUUCUUAGCUCUGUUUGACGUUGUUGGCGCUGGGGUUGGUCCAGGACCACUGCGGCUGCACUUUUUUAAAAACGCGUGUCAAACUAGAGCACCAUCUUCAUUCCCAUCAUUGAUCAGGGAGUUCGCGUUCAAGGCUGAACCCCAUGCUUCUUCUGUCCCAUCAAUAGUGAGGAAAUUUUUGCGACCUCGGUUGCGUUCGUCGACUUCAUUGUUGAGAGAGCAGUAUCAGGCCCUGGUUGCUUAAAAACAGGAAGUAGGCGCCAUUUUUAAAAAUCUCUCUUUAAUUUAUCUUAGCCAUUCGGAGUAGACGGAUCAAUCAAUACCAUGCAGUAGACGACAAAGGCUUGCACUAGACCAUUCAUUUCUGCUUUCAAGACACACUAAUAAAAAUAGAGUAUUUCAAGAACUGAACCUUUCGUUAACAAGUAUAACAUCGAAUGAGACAAUUGAGAACUGAGUAAAACAGAUAACAAGACAAGAAGACAACAAGAUGAGCAAUCCCAUGGCAGUCGGUUGUAAGUUCCGGAUUGAACCAAUGGAGUUCUUCAUCGGCAAGGGCUGUCGACUUAGUGUAAAACACACUGCUACAACAACAACCACAAGAUGAGUGAAUAAAUAAGGGAGAAUGAUUAAAAUGUAAGUAAGUGCACGCUGCACAAUGCAUGUAUUCGGGUACAUUUUGCUUCAGACAAAGUAUUUUUCUUGUCGUCUGAUUUCGUAGAACGAAAUUCGUAUGAGCGCAGUGUAGCCUUGCCUUGGUGGGCAAAGGCGAGUCGUCAAGAUGUCUAAAAAGAAGGGUGCAUAGCCAUGUUAAAUCGUUAAAGAUAAAAUUUAAAAUUUCUUUAAAAAAAUUGUGCUGACUUGUUCGUGGACUCGGUUAGUGAAGUGAAUUCGUCAACAAUCAAGUUUUAUAACAGACAAUCUGUAAGGCACGUCAGCACAUAUGCCAUGUCGGUGACAAAAUUGAAAUUUUCUUAAAGAAGUAUUUGAAGACAAUGUCACACACACAUGUAUGUUUUUUAUAUGAGACAGACACAACAACGAGCGUUCUUGGCUAGCUCCUGGAUGUUUAAAAAAAGGCAGUGGGGCCACCCACUUCAAACCUCUCUGAUUCGCGUUAGCCAUGGACUAUAAACAUUGCCUCAAAAAGUUGCACAGGCCAUUUUCAGGCCGAAUUGGACAACGUAUUAUCCAACACCGCGAUUAUCGUCGAGUCCGGAGUAUUACGAGACUUUCUCCUUUAGCUUCCUUGGAUAUUGGUUUCGCUAAGGCUGGUCGGAACCACUGCUGCGCAUGUCAAUCUUGAGCCCGUCAUUCGAUUCCAUCAAUGACGAGGGAGUUGUGACGCUAUUUGCUGCAUGUACUACGAGAUUUUUUUACCUCCCUGUCAAAACUUCCGAAUGUCAACUUGGAGCCUAUUCUUUUUACAUGGCAUAGUACCUCUUUUGUCAGCAUUAGGAGGGGAUAAACACCACUGAAAAUUUUUUUCUGAUCUCGAUUCGAACCCAGGUGUUCAGCUUCAUAAGCGGAUAUGGUACCUAUUCCCCCAGCCUGUAUCUAUUAUAAAUGUCUGAAUGUCUACCCUUAUGUAUACUUGGUUCCAGCAAUGGUAAGGGACUUGCGGCAUCCUUGACUGUUUUUUGACUCACCGUUGCUAGAUAAGUGAAGUGGGCUCAGCAAGCUUAAUUUUUUUUCUAGCUUAUUUUCUGUUGAAGAAUCUUCCACCAAUUCAGUUUUUUCGUUCUUGCCGAUGAAUCUUUAUAUGUAAGAGCAAGCUGCUUGAUAGGCAUUCUUUGCUGGUAUCCUGGGCUUGGCAUGCCAAUAUCAUGUGCUCCUGUCAUAGUGAACACAGUCAUCGAUUAUUCGGUGCCCCCCUGGUCUUGUUUGUCCUAACUUCCGCAAAGAAGAUGGAAGCUUAGUGAUUUUCAGUUGCUCGUUGGGCAAUGUUAGGCCCUUCAUCAAACCAACCUUUUUCAGGUCCUCCAAGAGCCUCUUUCCCUGCAUGAAACCAUUCUCGUUCUUGUCGACGAAUCGUUGUAUGUGAAAGUAAGUCAAUUGAUAUGCAUUCUUCGUUUUCUUGGUUGUUGUUGUAGCCACAUUUUCAUUUGGAAGUGGCGAUCCUCGUCGAGCUCCUGUAGAUGAGCAAGCUCGUUCCGGUGCAAAGAGCCGAUCGCCGAGGGAACAGGGUGGCCUUUGGUUAUUUAAAGGUGCGAUUAACUCGCCUUGUCAUAUCGAACACCAUAGGCACUCAGUAUUUAUUCUAGAGCCGGUACCGCCCGACCUCUCAUUGAGACUCUCCGCUCGAUACCGUUGAUUUUCCGCGACAGCCGUUGCAACUACUCCGUAUGGAGCAUUCCAGCUAAGCUUCUCGUGACAGCAAUGAACACCACACAGAUCGGACUUCAAAGUUUCGGCCUGUGUGCUACUCACAGCUAUCCCGUGCUGACCAAAGAUGACCUUACAUAACCAAUUCUGCUUAAUGAGCCGUCUUUUCCCAUGCGUACGGUUGUUCUCAUUCUUACUGACAGAUCUUUGUAGAUAAUAGCAAGUCCGUAGAAAGAAUCCUAUUUUGGUCAUUUUCGGCGAAUUGCAUCCUGCAGACACGUCAAAAUCAAGUUCACUUGGCUUCUUGAACUCCAAAUCUCUGUAUCUCUGCAUGGUUUUACGGUGGGUUACCGACUCUAUUUGUCCUUGCAAAAGAGGCUGUAACUAAAUUGAUUUCCUGAUGCUUGUCGGGCAUUGUCAGGCCCAUGAACCCUCUUUCCCUCUGCGUCAGUUCGUUCUCGUUCUUAUGGACGAUAUUCGUAGUUAAGAAUAAACCUCGGUUUCUUGGCGGAUGGCUAGUUUUUGACUCGUCCAGAUCUAGUAGACCUUUUCUGUUGCACUUUUUACUCUUUUACUAAGCGGUAGCCCCCUCGUCAGUAACUGAACCCAUUAAAGAUUGCGGAUGUGCCGAGGCGGUGCAAUGAAUCUUCACCGAUAGCAAAAGUUUCUGCCUUGUUUGGCUGGUUAGAACCGUUAGGAAUGAAGUUGGAUCCGAUGGGAGUUUCUCUAAGAUCUUCAACGCUGGUGACAUCCGUCUUUAUAUUUCAAUGUUGGUGAGAUCGAAAGGAUCUGGAUUUAUUCCAUAUAUUCUCUAUUGGACCUCAUCACAGUGGUGGGGGAAAAGAUCUUAAUAUGUAAUAAUUACUGAUAGAUGGGGUGGACAUGCUGAGAUGAGGUGUUUUGUUAUGAUUUCUAACAAGUGUGCAAAGUACGGCUGAAAUCGAUGCAAAACCUGAUAUAGCUGUCAUGUAAACCGAUUUGGGGUCUUGACUUCUUGAGCCACUAGAGUACGCAAUUCUUAUCCGAUUUGGCUGAAUUUUUGCAUGAGAUGUUUUGUUAUGAUCUCUAACAACUGUGCAAAGUAUGAUUUAAAUCGGUCUAUAACAUGAUGUAGCUGUCAUAUAAACCGAUUUAGGGUCUUGACUUCUUGAGCCUCUAUAGGUUGCGAUUAUUAUCUGAUUUUACUUUUUGAGCCCCUAAAGGGCAAAAUCCUUAUUCGAUUUGACUGAAAUUUUACACAAUGACUUCAACUGUGUUCUCCAACAUUCAUUUCAUUAUGGUCCGAAUUGAACCAUAACUUGAUAUAGCUCCAAUAACAAUUCUUUUCUUUUAUCCUUUCCUUUCCUUUGUUUGCCUAAAAAGAGACACCGGGAAAUGAACUCGACAUAUGCGAUUCAUGGUGGAGGGUAUAUAAGAUUCAGUCUGGCCGAACUUAGCAAGCUUUUACUUGUUAAUGGAAAAGUGUGUAUGGUGUAUGGAAAAGCAGGCACAUCGCUGUAUAGCCCCAUUGUAAAGCCCUAAGAAUAUGAAAUUUGGAGCUACUGGCCCGUGCCCAAAGUAAAGCGAUCGUGUAGAGAUGGUAAGGUAUCUACUUCUAUCGACACUUCACGGUGUCUGUAUUCCUUAGAUAUUCAUCGUCUCAUCUUGAGGUAAGGUCGUUUGUCAGAAAUACGAGACUUCCACUGUGUCGGUUACCAGGGAUUUUUGUUGAGUUUUAGCUAUAACUCAUCUUGUACGCCCAUAAGGAUUUUUGGAAUUUUUUAAAUAAUCAAAAGUCAAGUUGCUUGUAUGAAAUCCUCAAAAACUGAAGAUCCUUUGAAUAAAAAAACAUGAUUUUCUCUCUGAUCUUAAACAUAUGACAAACCUUUACACCGAAGCGAAUAACAAUUAAAAUUACUAACGAAGAACAUUCAAGUUUUAAUUUUUACACACACAAAACCAAGUUGCAUUACAGAUGAACUCAAAGAAAAGCGAAAAUAAAAACAAAUUAAGAAAAAAAAAGAAGUAUUUUAUAAAUCGUUUAUUGUGAUAUUUAAUUAAUAAAUUCUGUUCAGAUGACAAGUCCAAAUCCCCUUCCAGCCAAAUUUUAGGGAAAAGCAUCACGUUUUUCCAUUACCCUGAAACCAAGAAAACAACCUACCAGCCAACCUGCAUUUCAUUCCAUAUAUAAAAAGAAAGCAAAGGAAGCAUAUUUCGGUUUUUACAUGAAUCCCCACCAAGUAAAAUCGAAUUGUUUUUUUGAAACCUUCAAGAAAUUCCAAUAUAUAUCUGUUUAAAAUUUGAUUUUUAAUAUAAUUUCAUUUAACUUAUAAUGAUGCUUUAUGUAUAUAUACGAAAACUUAUAACAAAAAAUGUAAAUUGUUUUUUUUUUUUGCAAAAAAAAUUUUGUAUUAUAAAUUUUUUUUUUGGAUUGACAUCGGUAUUCACCAAAUUUAAUACAGCUUUAAAGUAAGCAAGUCUGUCACAUAAACCUACUUUAAAGCAGCAUGAAGUUCGGUGAAUAUGGACAUACAACUGUAAGAUUUUUCUUCUUCCUUCUUUUAAGGAGCUGAGAAGAAGAAUCUUGAAAAACUUAUGAAAAACACACACACAAAAUUAUUGUUAGCACUUUUUGUUUGAAAGCACAACAAAAUUAAAGGAAAAAAAGAAUUGCCUUAUUGAAUAUUUGUUUUUUACUUUUAUAAGCAUCCUAAUAUAUAUAAUACAUAUUCAUAUAUAUAAACUAUUUCCACACUUUCCUUUUUUUUCUAAUGCCAAUUUUGUAAAUAUAAACUUUUCAGUUUCCCCUUUGAUUUACUUUUACUAUUAUGUUGUGUGUUUUCGUUCCCUCCCCUUCUUUUUGUAUAUUUGCCUUAAAGUUCCCAAUUUAAAUUUUAAAACGAAAUCGAAGCAGAAGUGAAGAAAUCUAAUGAAAAGAAUCCAUUGUUAUUUUCUUUUGUUGUUAUGAUAAACUUAAUUAAUUAUGAGUAAAUAUUUUUUUUUAGUUUUAAUCAAAAACAAAACACCUUAUACAUUUAAGAUAAACAAAAACCAACAACCUAAACUAUUAAUUAAUUAAAUGAUACAUCUAUCCAUAAUACAAAAAAA